AUGUCACAUCUCGUUACGCCAUUUUUGUUGGGGAGCAGUCGUGUCCAGAAAAGGAGGAUUGGAUCCAGUACAGGUACAUCAAACGGUACCUCGUAUAUUCAUCUCUUUGAACUGUCCGGUGAAAGUGACACUCGCCUGUCCAUCGCACUCACACGAUGUCGUCAGAAAACCUGGACUCGGACACUCAGGUGGACUACGAGGACGAAAAACAGGACUCCCAGGAGAAGAAUGCAAACCCGGUGAAAGCAGAGGAGGCCAAGCUGAAGGCCAAAUACCCAGGCCUGGCCCAGAAGCCCGGCGGCUCAGACUUCCUGAUGAAGAGACUACAGAAAGGGCAAAAGUACUUCGACUCGGGCGACUACAACAUGGCCAAGGCCAAGAUGAAGAACAAGCAGCUUCCUGUGGCGGGGCCCGACAAGAACCUGGUGACUGGCGACCACAUUCCCACGCCGCAGGACCUGCCCCAGAGGAAGUCCUCCUUGGUGACGAGCAAGCUAGCUGGCUAGCCUCCACCAUCCUGGAAACGCCCUCACCCCCCUGGGGCUCCCGGCAAACGACCCUCCUCCUCGCCCGUGUCCCCAAUAUGUCCACCCCCCCUCCCCUCUCUUCCCUUUUCAUCCCCAGGCACCACUGGCUUUAACAUGUCGGGCAGAGUUGUAUAAGUUGAAUCUCCAUUUGCUUGUAUGUGGGUGGGGCGGGGUGGGAGGGGUGGAGGUUUAGGCAGCCCGUGAGGUCGCAGCCUUCUCUGCCUUCCCGCCACGCACAGCUCUGCCCCCUCUGCGCACUCUGCUCUACCGCCUCCUUUAUGUCUUGGUUUUCGGUGUUCCAAGAUGCAUCACAGUAGGUGUGUGUCAUCGGGCAGGGGUUGGAUGGGGUGAGUUAAUGCACUUUGUAGUCUGUAUAGUAUGCUUUGUUCUUUUUUUGCAUCCUAAAUGACACCAAAAUAAUGUGUGUGAGGGAGUUAGGAACCAUGAUCGCGGCGCGUUCUUUGAUUUUUAUGUUCCCUAUCUAUGAUGGUGACCGGCUUCUGCGGGAGGGGUAAGAAGAUGUAUGUGAAUAAUUUGCUUGCAUACCAAAUCUGUGAGGUGCAGCUGCCUAGCUUAAGAGUUCUUUAGCAUUCACUGACAUCAUAUUGGGAAAUGGGGGACGUGAAUGGAGGCUCCCUUUCAUCUCAUCCUUUGGUCUCUUUUUUCGUCGAACAAAACCCGAGGUCAUCUGCCGCAGCUCAGCCAAACGGGGAUUUGAAGCAUCGCCUUUUUUCCCCCUCUCUCUGCUCAUGUUGCUUUAAUUCUUGACUCCCUUUGCUCCUGUUCUCUCUAAAUAUGCUGCAUGAUUGUAACAUGUAACAGAAAAAGAAAUUUAACAUGUUUUUUAACAGGAGUGGGGCAUCUGCUUAGAGAUAGGAAGUAUCAAAACCAACACACAAAGCCCUGAGAUGUCCACAGUCACACUUCCCUCCUUCCUUUCCUGUUUGCUGUCCUGACAAUCCAUGUAGACACGCUCCAGCUACGGGCACAGGGCAACAGCCAGCUGAGUAUAUCCUUGUAUUAUUUUUAAUGGCUGGGAAGCCUGCCAAUCUCUGAGUUCAGUCUUAGUUUGGUUGCUGUUGAGUUGCAUCAAGACGUGUGUUUACUAUGAGCCUAAAAAAUUUGUGGGGGGGAUUGAAGCACCCUGCAUAGAGUGUAUGCUUCUGUAAAUAAUACUCAAACAAGCACGUAAUUCGUGAUAAGCUUGGCGCUUUGAGGAGCAGAGCAGCUAACGUGCCUGAGAGAAAUGGCAGUGCUAAAUCGACUCACUCGGGAUUACAUCCUGGGAUUUCUGGCUUGGAAAUUCUGUGAUUUUCCGACUGAGCCAAAUUUCACACUGCAGCUAUCGGGCUCAGAGACCGUGGCUACGCUCGUCUUUCAAAGGUGACUGUUACCAUCUAAUCAUCCGGCUCACAUUGUGAUGUGGUGAGGCAGUCAAAGCCGGUCUGGCUCAGAUUGUUUGGAUCUCACGGAACUAGGAAAGGUGAUUUGACCACCAACCAUCCAGACAUCUUUAAAACACAGAUCCAGACGUAGAUAAAGUUGACAUUUCACUGUCGCACGUAAUAACGUGUAUGUUGACACAGUUUCUAUAUCCAAUCACUAAAGUCAAAUUGAAAAGACAAAGGUAACCACAGUCAUAGCCUUCACAGUUGUGUCUCACAAUGGCACAUGUGCAGUGAAAACUGUCUUCAGAUUUGGCACCAACCAAAGCAAUUAUUCUUGUUCUAGCUGCUUGUUAAAGCAAGACAGGAUAUUGAUUUCUCAUUUUUGUGGGACAGUGUUUUCUCAGUACUUUUUAGAAUGUGUAUCACAGUCAGACGUAGUGGUUCCCUUCACAUGUCACCCUCUCACAUUUCACAUUGUGAAACACUAACUUUAGGAAGAGAGUACUUCUACAUUACUUCCCUAAAACCAUAGCUGGCGUAUAGACCUACUUCUACUACCAGCGUCCCGUAGAACAACUUUUUUUGCUUCCCGGACUGACACACUACACAGACUGAUCUUUGAUCUCAGGGGUGUCAGAGGGUAAACAGCAGGCAACCUGAUAACCACAGGUGUCAGCCGAGCUCAAAAGAUCAUCAUCGCAGGCCUAAAGUGGGACACUGCGUGCCUGCAGGAUACGCUCACUCCAACACUUGGCAAAGCUGAGAGGGAUUUUAUAACGUGUGUCGUGGGGGUGAAGUGUGAGCCUGUGCUCUGCGCUCGAGUCCCACCUGUUAAUGUGGUUCUGAAAGCGGUGAAAGGUCUGCAGACUUUGAAUCUGAACUGGAUGCCAGCGCUCACUGAGAAUCAGCCUCCUUGUAUAAUACUGCUUCAGGGAACCAUCACAGGCACACACUCCACCAUGUAGGCUAGGUGAUAGGGUGCAUGCAGCAUCACAUUCUCAACCUCACUUGUUUCUCAUUGAGACUUCGAAAUGUGUCAAAUUUGCAGUGUGCGAAAGAGAACUGACCUGUACGUAUGUGCUUGUUCUGGUGUUGAAUGAAUGCACUGCUUUUCUCUGUUCCAGCCAUUGUAAAUAGACUUCAACAGGAAGGGAUCUUUGUGUUGUUUCCCACCUGCUUUUCACUCUUUCAUAGCCUGAGCUAUUUUCUGAUUCAAUGGUUCCUCUCUCCUUUCAGUUUAACACUACUUCUGCUCUAUCUUAGUGAAUUGCAGAGGCUAUGUGAAUCUGUAUCAUAUGAAAAUAUGUGUAAAUGCUGCUGAUUCAGUCAAAGACAAAUCUAAGAGAUGAUACCCUGUAAAGAACACCUGUCCUCUUGAUUCUACCAGUCCGACUCUCUUCUGCCCAAGUAUCUCUGUUUCAGAGUCCUAAAAAGCUCCUGUGGCAAAGUCCAUUCAGUCGAGACUUUGGUAAGCCGCGAUGUAAAUUCUACCACAAAACUGAAUUCGAUCCAACUUUUGGUCAGCCAGAGCUUAAAAAAGAAAAGUCCUGACUGCUUCGUGUCACUUAGAUUGACAUGAACUGACCAUUUAGCCUCAUUUUGUGUUUUUAAAAAGCAGACCGUUUCCUGAUUUAAGAAGUAAAGAUUGCUUAAAAGAAAUGGGUGAAUAAGCUACGACAAGUUCUCCGAAAACAACGGGGGACAGGAGUUCUGGAAUGCUACUUGAUGUUUGGCUUUGCACGGAGCGGUUCAACGAGAGGGAAAAGCAGGGUAUGUUUCAAACCCAACACACAGGGUGUCUCUCGUUCAGCUAUGAUAAACACGUGCCAGAAUGUAUAAAGAAACGACAGGCUGUGUGCUCUGAAGUACUUUUGUGCUGCUUUUACCUUAUCUGUUUUCUUGUUGUUUUGCAAGUAUUUGUUUCUGUUUUGUUUUUGUUUUAUUUGUUUUUUUUCUUGUGUUCUCUUAUUGAUUGCAUAAUUAGUAUAUAUCAUCCUGGCCCAAGAUAACUGCAGGGAAAUCAGAGGCACCCUUGCUUCCAAGAAAAAAAGGAAAAAAAAAGGGUUUACAUGAUAAAGAGGAUGACUGGAGAACACAGGAAUGAUUUUAAGACUUCAGAAAGUACAGGAGUACUUGGAAUGUUUCAGUUGUGUGGGAGUAGGUGAAAGGAUUUUUGUCAGUAUUUGAAAUAAACUUUUACAUUAAUAAGA